AUGGAUGUGAAUAUCUGCAGUGCUCGUCGCUUGGCGGUUGCAUCUGGCGUCAUCGAAUUCAUCGCGGGAAAAUUCGCUUUCUGGCGGAGGAGGAAGCGUCGGAGAGCAAGACGAUGGGCAGAUGACCCUUACAGCCGUCUUGCAUCCAGCCCUCUGCAGCUGAGAUUGCAGAAGCUGAAGUUGGCAGAGCUGGCGCAGGUCGCUGCUCCAGGGGGCGAGAAGGCGGGUUGUCAUGUACCCUGUAUCGAUCACCCAGUCACGUUGCAGAAAGCCCGGGCGCCGGCGGCCAGACCGUCUAAAGGCGGAAGUGUCUUUUUCCCCGCAAAAGUGAUCUGUCUCGCGCUGAAUCUUGAGUGGGCGUGGGCAAAUUCAAAUUCCACCGGCCCAAUGCUUAAUGCCAACCUAAUUUCUCCCAAAAAGCCCAACGAGGCGUGCUCUAAACACGCUUCGCACACAGGUCACUCCUCGUCAGCAGGUGGCGGGGGAGAAGGGGGGAGCCUUCAGCCAAGUAUGUAUCAUGUCGAUGAAGUCCGCAGUCACGAUGCAGCGGAUGUAGGAGACGGUCUUCCGAGGAAAAAGAACAGCCCACACGGCCCUUGGGAGAAUUUCGAGUAG